AUGUCUACCCUAAGCGGACCUUCAACACUUGGUCGAAUGGGGAAUGGAGGACGUUUUACCUCCAAUGAUGCCAUUGAUGUGCGAAAUCUUUCUUUUGGACGCCAAUCCUCGAGCCCUCAGAACUCCAUUACUCAUUACGGUUCUUCCGAUGCGGCUGAAACAUCCCGACAUGAAAAGUUGCAGGCUUUGUCUGGUGAAGGGACCGAGCACUCGGCGAGCAAGGUAUGUGUUUCCUAUGGUAUCGAUUCACAUGUGUAUGUGCCUGUGAUCUCACAAUCCCAGAAGCAGAAGCUAGAUCAUAUCAAAGUUGAGCCUUUGAAUGGACAAACAUCGGAUCUUGACAGAAUACUGGCAAAGAUUUCUCCCAAAACAAUCCCCCCUUCACGUUCUGAGACCGACCACUCUUCUGUUUCGUCUCAGAUCACUCCCACCACGUCGGUACCAUCUUUAACCCCCAAUGAGACAACAAAUCCUUACCCCCAGGAAGACAGAACGGUAGAGCUGCUUCGCCUUAAGCAGGAACUCCUUGCUGCAAAUUCCAAGAUUGCCCUGCAGGAGCAAGAGCUUGCUCAAACCCGUGUGAUAAAACAUACCUUGGAUCAAGCCCUUGGUCCGUCAUCAGAGGCCGAUUUCGGCAGCCGCGAAAUUACAGAACAGACCAUUAGCCACCUACAGAAUGCUUUUAAUGCAUCGACCUCGGCGUUUACUCAGUUUCAAGAUGCAUGGGCUGUGCAAGAUGAUUCGCAAUCUGAUGUCUCGGAUCCUUUGUCUACAGGAGCUUACAACAGACCCCGCGCACUCUGGGCCCAGAAUGAGACUGCCACAGACAGAGAAUACGGAGAGAGCCUUUCGGGCUCUAGCAGCUCUACAAGCCAGGACCCAAAUCGGUUCUGGGGAGUCUCCAAUGUGUAUCCUUCGUUUGCUGGUCCACCGUCUCUGCAGUCACAAAGACCACACUCGGGGUCCUCGGCUAGUUCAUGUGGAUUUUACCCACGUCCCAUUGGUGAGCAAAUGUUGUAUCCCCCAGGGCCCAUCACCGGGGCUCGUCGUUCCAUCACCCAAAACAGUAGGGGCGGAUCUCUAUUUCCAAUUCAGUCUACCCCUUGGGGUGAAUUUGCUUCUGGGUCCUCCAGUGAGCAGACCACCAAGUCACCUGCUUCGCCGAAGAGACCCCCCAGCGCUUUUCAGCAGAUGAACGGAAAUUCCAUCCAGACAUACGUGUCACCACUGGAACCACUCAACUAUCGACGCCUGCUCGACAAGAACGUCUCGUGUGAUUGGAAGUACAUUGUAGACAAGAUCAUCUGCAAUAAUGACCAACAAGCUUCAAUUUUCUUACAACAAAAGCUCAAGGUCGGCACAACUGAGCAGAAAUACGACAUCAUCGAGUCAAUUGUGCGUCAAGCCUACCCACUCAUGGUCAAUCGCUUUGGAAACUUCCUCAUACAACGCUGCUUUGAACAUGGAACUCCGGAGCAAGUCGUCGCCAUCGCAAAUGCGAUCAGAGGCAACACGCUAAACCUCAGCAUGGAUGCAUUUGGCUGCCAUGUGGUCCAAAAGGCAUUUGACUGCGUUUCAGAGGAGCAUAAAGCUAUGAUGGUACAGGAACUUCUCCGCAGAAUUCCGGAGACGGUGGUCCAUCGAUAUGCGUGCCACGUUUGGCAGAAACUCUUUGAGCUCCGGUGGAGUGGUGAGCCUCCGCAAGUGAUGGCAAGAGUAAAUGAGGCAUUACGUGGAAUGUGGCACGAGGUUGCCCUUGGAGAGACAGGAAGUCUGGUCGUCCAAAACAUCUUCGAGAAUUGCGUGGAGGAGGAAAAGCAAUCGAGGAAGUACUGGCGAAGAUCGAUGUACUUGCUCAUGGUCAAUUUCGGGAACUGGUGCAUCCAACACAUCUGCGAGCACGGUGCUCCCCACGACAAGAGCCGCGCUGUUGAGCAUGUUCUUCGCUGGGCUGUGGAUUACAGCAUGGAUCAGUUCGCAUCUAAGAUUGUGGAAAAAUGUCUCAAGAUUGGCAGCACCGAGUUUAUGGAUCAUUAUCUCUCUCGUGUCUGCACUGGCCGGUCUGACCGGCCUCGCAUGCCAUUGAUCGAUAUAGCCGGUGACCAGUACGGGAACUAUCUCAUCCAAUGGAUUUUGAUGAACGCCGCGCCUCAUCAACGAGAGCUGGUGGCCAGUCACAUUAGGAAACAUAUGGUCUCUCUUCGUGGCUCCAAAUUUGGCUCUCGUGUGGCUAUGCUUUGCUGCAACCCGUCUCACGCUACACGCCCUGGUCCUGGGGCUGGAAUGCAAAUCGGCCGUUUCAACAGCUUCAACGAAGACAAAUUCACCACCACGGGCCCGUCCAGUGGUCGUUUCGGUCGUGGACAUCAAUGGGGACCCCAUUAUGCACCACUUCGUUGA